UCUCUGCCAAUCCCUCCACUAACCUCCACUCAAUGUCCUCCACCCCUCUCUGCCAAUCCCUCCACUGGCCUCCACUUAGUGUCCUCCACCCCUCUCUAACAAUCCCUCCAGUGGCCUCCACUUAGUGUCCUCCACCCCUCUCUGCCAAUCCCUCCACUGGCCUCCACUCAGUGUCCUCCACCCCUCUCUGCCAAUCCCUCCACUGGCCUCCACUCAGUGUCCUCCAUCCCUCUCUGCCAAUCCCUCCACUGGCCUCCACUUAGUGUCCUCCACCCCUCUCUAACAAUCCCUCCAGUGGCCUCCACUUAGUGUCCUCCACCCCUCUCUGCCAAUCCCUCCACUGGCCUCUGCUCAGUGUCCUCCAUCCCUCUCUGCCAAUCCCUCCACUGGCUUCCACUCAGUGUCCUCCAUCCCUCUCUGCCAGUCCCUCCACUGGCCUCCGCUCAUGUCCUCCAUCCCUCUCUGCCAAUCCCUCCACUGGCCUCCACUCAGUGUCCUCCACCCUUCUCUGCCAAUCCCUCCACUGGCCUCCACUCAGUGUCCUCCAUCCCUCUCUGCCAAUCCCUCCACUGGCUUCCACUCAGUGUCCUCCAUCCCUCCCUGCCAGUCCCUCCACUGGCCUCCGCUCAGUGUCCUCCAUCCCUCUCUGCCAAUCCCUCCACUGGCUUUCACUCAGUGUCCUCCAUCCCUCUCUGCCAAUCCCUCCACUGGCCUCCACUCAGUGUCCUCCACCCUUCUCUGCCAAUCCCUCCACUGGCCUCCACUCAGUGUCCUCCACCCCUCUCUGCCAAUCCCUCCACUGGCCUCCACUCAGUGUCCUCCACCCCUCUCUGCCAAUCCCUCCACUGGCCUCCACGCAGUGUCC